AUGGAGAAUCGGAAAGAGUUUCUGGAAAGAAGAGAGCAGCUGCCUAAGGAGAGGCGGCUACGUGAGAACCUAGCUGAUCUUUUCUUGAGUGGCGAGAUCAGUGGGAAGCGAGCCCGUACCCUGUACCAGGAUGCAGGGGACGCCAAAGCUGUGCAUGUUUCCGAUGUGGCUGGAGAUACAGAUCACAAUGCACACCGCGACGUCUUGAGAAAGCUGCUGUCCAAUUCUAGAUGGCCCGACCUGUUCGAGUGUGAUGUACCGGUAUACGAUACGAAAACAGACAAAGAAUCUGUCGCGAAACUUUUCAUGAUGCUGCCACACGAGCUGGUGGACACGGUGAUUCGCUGGAACAAGGACUCCAUUGACAAGUUUGCAUCGAUGGAACACUUGAGGCCCGAGCUGGCAAAGAAGAUGGAGGAAAUCCGCUCUUUCUUCGAAGCCUCGUCCGCUUCGGGCUCAAGUACUGCACCGCUGAUCAGCAUUGCUUUGUGGGCAGAUGGGGUCCCCAUCAAGGGGGACCGAAGCGAAUCGUUGGAAAUGGUCACAAUGUCAUUCCCUGGACUUGGAGUCCGACAAGACAUUCGGAUUCCCUUGACGGUGAUGAACAAGAAAUUUUUUUUAAAGGGCGGGAAGACUUGGGACGCUGUGUUCAAGGUGUUAUCUUGGUCUUGCCAUUCCUUGCUGUCGGGCUUCUUUCCGUCGCACGAAUCGAAUGGCACCCUUUUGCAAGGCAAACGAGCGAAGCUGGCGGGCCGUCCCAUGCAUGCGCGAGGAGCGCUCGUAGAAAUUCGUGGAGAUUGGUCUAUGCUGAAGGCAUCCUUUAGGAUGCCUGCCUGGAACGAGAAGAGGUGUUGUUGUUUUGUCUGCAAGGCGACGCCGGAAACUAUGCGAGAUUUGGGCCCCACUGCCCCAUGGAGGACCCAGCUUUGGGAGACUUCCGACCUUUUGGUCCACAUGCUCGACUUGCACAAGAACUGUUCGCCAAUAUUUGAAGCCCCGUUCGUCGACAUUCGCACCUUUUGUAUAGAUUGGCUACACUGUUGCGAUCUUGGAGUAUGCCAAGAUUAUUUGGGCAACGCCAUGUUUUUGAUGAGUACGAAGAUGCCCGCCGACAAUCAUGAGAAGAGAGUACAGUUGCUUUUUGAUGACAUUCGACAGUAUUAUGUUACCAAUCGAUGCGACAACCAGCUGGGUGCACUUACGCCACUGAUGAUUCGCAAGAAAGCAUCCAAGUCGCCUAAAUUGCGGUCCAAGGCUGGGGAAGCGAGAUCCCUGGUGGAUUGGGUGGUCAUGGCUUGUGACAAGUACUUGCAAGGCUACGGACUGUCGUCCGAGGAGUCGACAUGUCGUAUGGCAUCGAAGCAUUUGCAAGCAUGCUAUCGGAAUCUCUCCCGCGAAGCUUUCGAUGCCGAUGACCUCGCUUUCCAUUGCAAGCAGUUUUUGCACUUGUACAUGGCUUUGGAAGAAGCUGUGCAGCCGGAUGCCCGUUGGAGAUACAAACCUAAAAUGCAUGUCUGGCUCCACGUGUGUGAGAUGGCGAGAAGCUCACCCAGCAUGUGGUGGACCUACAGGGACGAAAGCUUCGGUGGGUCGAGCCUUGAAUUGAAUAGCUUUUGUUAA